ACCACAAUCCCAAGCCCUAACCACACUUUGCGGCCCUGCUCUCCGCUCCACCCACAGCUGUCCCGACCGAGCUGGUGCAGAGGGCUGAUCCACCUGCUCGCCGCCCAGGAGCGACGCUUUUCCCGCAUCCACCCUCCAAACACCCGCCUCGAGUCUACCUCGUCCCGUCUCCCACCCUCGACAUGGGUCUCUUCAGUCGCAAGAGCGCCAAACCACAGGUCCCCAGCAGCGACGGCCCGGCCAGCGCCUCCAAUGGCUCGCUGAAGUCGCCUGCUCUGCCCGCCUCGUCGAAUGGCCAGUCCAUCGCGAAGCCCGCUCCGCCCGUUCACGAUGUGCCGCUGCCAAAGGCCCCCGAUCCUGCCCUGGACCCUGCGGGCUACCUGCGCAGCAUCUAUGCUGUGCGAGAGCGCACCAAGCUCGUACUCGAGAAGGCGAAGAAAAACCAGCUCAAGCACUUCACCGUGGACAUGAGCAAGUUCCAGGAGACGGCCGGCUAUGUCGUGUCUAUCAUCAAGCGCGACUAUGCCCCCGACUACGCGUCCAUCCCUCCCCAUGGACGCUGGCAGCAUUUCGAAGUUGGUGGCCGCCCUCGCAUUGAUCAGCUAAUGGCUUCCUGGCCAUUGACCGUCGACAAUCAAGAGCGGACUCGCCGUCUGAUCGAUCUCUUCCUGGUGUCCGUUCUUCUGGACGCCGGUGCUGGAACAAAGUGGCAGUACAAGAGCAAGGAGUCUGGCCGCGUGUAUCGACGAAGCGAGGGCCUGGCCGUUGCCAGUCUUGAGAUGUUCAAGGCGGGCGUCUUCAGCAGUGACCCCAGCGAACCCUGUCAGGUUGACAGUGCCGCCCUGAAGAGACUGGACAUCAAAACCAUGGCCCGUGGUCUGCAGGUCAGUGAGGAAAAUCCAAUUGAUGGGCUGCAGGGACGCACGGGUCUCCUAGUAAGACUUGCGGAUGCACUGCAAAACCAGGACAUCUUUGGUCUGGAGGCGCGGCCGGGCAAUAUGCUAGACUACCUGCUCUCGCAUCCCUCGACACAGGCCUCCUCGGUCCCUAUAAUACCACUGCCCACACUGUGGAACGUCUUGAUGGAUGGCCUUGGUCCCAUCUGGCCCUCGACUCGCACCCAAAUCGACGGCAUAUCCAUUGGCGAUGCCUGGCCAUGCAGUGUCAUGCCCUCGCACCCGACCCACCCUUGGGAGAACAUUGUCCCGUUCCACAAGCUUACCCAAUGGCUAACAUAUUCUCUGAUGGUGCCCAUGACGAAACUCCUAAACGUAUACUUCGCCGGCAGUGAGCUGUUGACUGGUCUGCCUGAGUAUCGCAAUGGCGGUCUUCUGAUUGACACUGGUCUGCUGACCCUCAAGCCGGAGGAUGCGAAGCGUGGACUAGCCCAGUACCAGCGGAACGCCCAAGUGAAGGGCCAGCCAAAUAUGGAAGUGGUUCCGCUCUUCACCGCCGACGACGAUGUGAUCGUUGAAUGGCGAGCUGUCACUGUUGGCUUCCUGGAUGAGUUGUUGGCCGAAGUCAAUACGCUACUAGGACUGCGUGGUGCAGACAAGCUGAACCUUGCCCAGAUGCUGGAAGCUGGUUCAUGGAAGGGUGGUCGAGAAAUUGCAGAGGUCUCGCGGCCCAACACCAAGGAGCCUCCGAUUAUGAUCUUGUCCGAUGGAACCGUUUUCUAAGAUACCCUUGCACGCCUUGCUUUCCAUACCAUUCCUCUGAUCCAUUAGGGGAGAUCCGAAGAUGUACGCAACAGUACGGGGCGCGGUGGAGGUGCACACGGUCUUCAAUGGGUUGCUUCUCUGUUUAUACUUCUUUGGCCGCGAGUAAAGCGUGGAUUUACAGCGUUACCUAUUUGCGGCUGGCUACCUACUAUUUGCAUUCUGAAGGACGGCAUGUUAUGGACUCUGUUUGCUGCAUGUUACUGCUAGAGGUGGUUUACCUACGGGGAAGGAAGAAAAAGAAGUACCGCUUAGCCAUAAUGGGGCUCAAGAGCCAGACGGCUUUACUCCACGACGAAUUCUUGGGACGAAGUAUGUG